UUUGGGGGCUCGGCCUGGCGGAGCCGCAGGGAGGCCCGUCUCCAGGGCAGCAGCGCUCCCCUCCACCAGGCACGCUGCUGCAACUCCACGGGGCUCGCUGUCGCCUCCAGCUUUGUCAACGGCGCUGGACAUCGGCCUGAGCAACUGGAGCUUCCUCUACAUCACCGUCUCCCUCUACACGAUGACCAAGUCUUCUGCCAUCCUCUUCAUCUUGUUCUUCUCGUUGAUCUUCAAACUGGAGGAGCUGAGGCUGGCGCUGGUGCUGGUGGUGCUGCUGGUGGCCGGGGGACUCUUCAUGUUCACCUACGAGUCCACACAGUUCAACACAGAGGGCUUCAUGCUGGUGCUCGGCGCCUCCUUCCUGGGGGGCAUUCGCUGGACUCUCACCCAGAUGCUCAUGCAGAAGGCCGAGCUGGGGCUGCAGAACCCCAUCGACACCAUGUUUCACCUGCAGCCGCUCAUGUUCCUGGGGCUCUUCCCUCUCUUCAUGGCAAUCGAGGGGCUGCCCAUGGCUGUGUCGGAGAAGCUGUUCCGGUUCCACGACGGGUGGGUGCUGCUCGCGCUGCUUGGGAAGCUCUCCCUGGGGGGGCUCCUGGCCUUCGGGCUGGGCUUCUCCGAGUUCCUGCUGGUCUCCAGGACCUCCAGCCUCACCCUGUCCAUCGCCGGCAUUUUCAAGGAAGUCUGCACCUUGCUGCUGGCCACCCAUGUGCUGGGAGACCACCUGAGCCUCCUCAACUGGCUGGGCUUUGCCGUCUGCCUAUUGGGAAUCUCCUUGCACGUCGCCCUCAAAGCCUUUGCUUCCAAAGGUGAAAAUGCCCUGAAGACCCAGAAGGAGGCUGGCUCCAGCCCUGACCUGGAGUUGUUGCUGCGGCACGGCGAGUCAGAGGAGGUGCCGGAGGAGGAGGACGUUGGCACCCAGGUGCAACGCUGAGCGGACCCGGAGCCCACUGGCGGCUGCUGCGUCUGACCAUCGCGCUCAGCGGCACUUACCAACAUGCAGGGGCCAGGAGUCCUGCGCUGCCAUCUCCCCUGGAUCAGGCGCACGUGGGGAGCCCCGAGCAGGGGGUGGGAGGGCCUGCUGCCAGCCGCGGCAGCCGGGAUUCCUGCCGGCCGGGUGAGAGGGAAGGCUGCAGCGUGGCCCUGUACAGGGACUGAAGAGAAGCCCCUGCGCUGUUGGGGGAAGCAGGGAUAAUUCCCAGAGUGUAGGGCCACGGCGGGGGAUCCCAUGAGCUGUGUGGUGGGGCGAGGGAGCAGAGCCGUGGCUGCGGAGAGAGCGCUCCCAGCCAGCACUGGUGCUGCCUCCCCAGGGGCAAGGCAGGUGGCUGUUGUGCGGGGGCUCUUUCCCCAGCGCCUUGUGGAGCUGGAUCUCACGCCAGCUGGAGCACAGGGAGCAGGAGGACCCCUGCCUGCUUGCGCUGCGGGACCAGGCUGGGCCCAGGGACCAGGAAAGACCUCGGCGCUCUGGCUCGGUGGGGCUGGGGGCGUUAAGGGCUGGGGAGCUGGGGAAGCAACUUGCGAUGCUGGGAACAGCUCUGAUGCCUUUUGAAAAUAAAUGGCUUCCAGCC